AUGGAUCUAUUCCUUCUCCUCGCGUACUCAGGUAUGGUGAAGACUGGACUCUCUCUGGUCGUGGACAGCUCUAAAUUCAAAGCCGCGCGCAGAUAUAGUGGCUCUGUUAUCUAUCUAUCUAUCUCUUUCAUCCUGUACGUUAUAUAUCUAUCUGUUUAUCAAUUUCAGUCUAUUCGUUAUCAGUCAGUUCAUUAUCUAUUUGUCUAUCUAUCUAUCAUUCUUCUGUUCAUUAUUUAUCUAUCAGCUUGUUCAUAUCUAUCUAUCUAUCUAUCUAUCUAUCUAUCUAUCUAUCUAUCUAUCAGAACCUCUAUCUAUCAUGACUUGUUCAUAUCUAUCUAUCUAUCUAUCUAUCUAUCUAUCUGUUUCGCUGUGUUCGUUAUCUAUCUGAGCCUGUUCAUAUGCAUCAGCGCGCUUCGUCAUCAAUUACCGUCGGCGAGACCCCGGAUCUCUCUCUCUCUCUCUCUCUCUCUCUCUCUCUCUCUCUCUCUCUCUCUCUCUCACGCGAACUCUGCAUUCUCUUGUGGUUUCCCCAGUCUCUCUUUUUCUUCUCUCUCUCUUUCUCUGUCUGUCUGUCUGUCUGUCUGUCUGUCUCUCUCUCUCUCUCUCUCUAUCUAUCUAUCUGUCUAUCUCUCAUUUUCCCUUCAUUUCUCCAGAUCUCGCUGA